AUGCGCGGUGAACAUGUUGUGGUAUUGGACGCAUCGACCAUUGUUGAUACGUUCUCUCUGGCCGCAUUCUUCGCGCUUUUGUUCGUGACUGCGCAGAACGGUGAAUGUGAAUGUGAACCAGUCGAAGCGCCUCGCGUCUUCGACGCAGAUCUUAUAAAUGUGCAGCAAUAUGCGCGUUCAAUAUUGCGGCGUAUCGAGGAGCGGGAGUACGUUGUCAAGGAGUGGGAGUAUAUUGAACUCGUCCUCCACCAGGCCAAGAUUCUUGAUAAGGUUCCCAAGGAACAGCGAGGACCUUUGCACGGUGUUGCAGUUGGUAUCAAAGAUGUUAUCUACACUAAAGGUGAUGACACAUCUAGUCCCUUGCAGAUCCUGGUGCUCAAUCGUUCAGAUGUGCCAACGCAGUACGGCUCUUCGAUAUAUUGUGGAUACCAACCCAAUUUAGACUCUUCAGCGGUCGCUAUUUUGAGGGCUGCUGUCGGCUCAUCUGCUGGCUCAGCCGCUGCUGUAACAGAUAUGCAAGUUCCCUUCAGCAUCGGAGUGCAGUCUGGAGGCAGCAUCAUUCGCCCAGCAUCGUAUAUUGGCAUCUUUGCAAGGAAGCCAUCACACAACAAUAUUUCCACGGCUGGUCAGGCCCGAUCUUCAAAUAAAUUCGACACCACCGGCUCCUUUGCGCGCAGCAUUCAAGAUCUGGAGCUGCUUGCAGCUGUAUUCGAUAUCGACGAUGAUGAAUCGCCUAAUGAGGUUGCGCUUGAAGACAUGUCAGUUGCGAAGAUAAAGACGCCUAUGGUGGUUUUUGGAAAGAAUGGUGUUAAGGUUGAAGAGGUGUCAUUACCUUCCCCUAUCGAUGAUGCAAGAGUGCUGGCGCAUUUACACACGGCCAUCAUGAGCGGUGAAGCCCAAGUGGCACUGCUCAGCGAGUAUCGGAUGCACAAGCACAAGCUUACGCCAGAUAUUUGCGGCAUUGUGGAGGACGCAAAUGGUAUCACACAAAAAGAGCGGCUGAAUGCCACGGAUCUGCUCAGUAGCAUGCGACCUGGUUUAGAUGAACUGGCAAAGAAGUACUUGGUUAUUGUAGCUCCGAGUACGGUCGAUGAAGCUCCACUUGGGCUUGGUGACAUAGGAAGUCCGGUGUUCAAUACGUUGUGGACGGGUUCACAUGUACCCGUCAUCAACAUUCCCGCUUGUUUCGGUGCGAAUGGAUUGCCCGUCGGCAUCUCGCUUGUGGCAGCCCGGAAUCAUGACCAGCAUUUGUUGAAGAUGGCCCAGGGUAUUGAGUAG